AUGCUACAUAGUAAUCUUGAUUUUAACUUUCUGGUGACGCCAUUAACGGCGCUGAAAUUUGCGGAAUUGUCGGCACGAGCAGGAAUUCCCCCGGGCGUCAUCAAUAUUGUUACUGGAUCAGGCCCCGAAGUUGGACGUGCCUUAUGUGAACAUCCUGAAGUUCGGAAAGUUGGCUUUACUGGAUCGACCAAUGUUGGGAAACAGGUCAUGAGCAGGUUAAAAGGUGCAGUUUCGAACGUCAAGAAAGUUUCCUUGGAGCUUGGCGGCAAAUCACCAUUGAUCAUCUUUGCGGACACGGAUAUGGAUCGAGCUGUAAAACAAGCAUGUAAUGCUGUAUUUUUCAACAAAAAUUUGUAUCCUUUGUUCCUAGGUUACUUAGGAUAA